UCGCGUUUGUAACCAUUCACUAGCUUGGCGCUGCGGAAAGCACAUCAUCAACGAACCAGCCUCGACAACAACAAAAGAGGCUUAUUCACAACGAGAAGGUUGGGAAUAGACGACAGAAGAAUAAAUUGAUUAUUGGAAAUUGGUGACAAAUGCUUUGCAACUGUCCUGCAGUCAAUCCGUUUAAGAUAGAUUUUUACAGAAGAAGAAUAUUUUCUACAGCAAAAGCCUGAGUUAUAUAAUACGAAGACAACGUCAGUGCUGACUAGUGAGUCAUUGAUAAAUACAUGGACAUUCUUCCAGCCGCUACAUGAAUGAGUGCUAGUGUAUAGGCGCUUCUGUAGUAGGAUAUAUAAGAAAUUCGUGUUUUGCUGAUUUCCGGGAGAAAUGCAAUAGCCGAUAUCCGUUUUCAUUUCUGCAGUUAUUUCAGAAUAUUUUUUUUCUCGACCAGUGUGCGCUGCCAUUUCCUCAAUGCUCUAGUCGUCAUAACGUUGGCGGCUUUUUUUGCUGUAGCCUACAGGGACCAACCACAUACUUUUCCUGCAGUGAAGUGAACAUAUUUGUUUUGCUAAAUGCUUGACAAGCCCAAGCCCGCUCAGUUCGAAUCGGUAAUGGCAAUCAGCAAGACCGUGGAGUGGCUGCAAAAGCAGCUCCAGACGCGCAAAGACUGCCUAUUGGUAAUGGACUGCAGAGCGCUGGAGCUAUACGAGUCCUCGCACGUCGAAACGGCGAUUAACGUGGUCAUCCCAAGUCUGAUGCUCCGGCGGCUGAAGAAUGGCCAUCUUCCCAUCAAGUGCCUGCUCUCAAACGGCGAGGAUCGGGAGAGAUUUGCGCGGCGGUGCAAGACGGACACUAUCGUGCUGUAUGACGAGUACAGCAGGGAAUGGAACGAAAAUGUAGACGGGGGCUCCGUGCUGGGCUUGCUCCUGAAGAAGAUGAAAGACGAGGGCUACAAGGCGUUUUACCUUGAAGGUGGUUUCAAUAAAUUCCAAGCCGAGUUCCCUGCCCUGUGCGAGACCAAUCUUGAUGGCUCUUUCAAUAGCAGUUCUCCCACUGCCCAGGUGCUCGGCCUUGGGGGUCUGCGGAUAAGCUCCGACUCAUCCGACAUCGAGUCAGACAUCGACAGGGACCCAACCAGCGCCACAGACUCAGAUGGCAGUCCCCUCUCCAACCCCCAGCCCUCCUUCCCAGUGGAGAUCCUCCCACACCUCUACCUGGGCUGCGCCAAGGAUUCCACCAACUUAGACAUUCUAGAAGAGUUCGGCAUCAAGUACAUUCUGAAUGUGACUCCGAACCUGCCCAACAUGUUCGAGAACGCCGGGGAAUUCAAGUACAAGCAGAUCCCCAUCUCUGAUCACUGGAGCCAAAAUCUGUCACAGUUCUUCCCGGAAGCCAUUAGCUUCAUAGAUGAGGCUCGCAGUCAGAAAUGCGGCGUCUUGGUCCACUGUCUGGCCGGCAUCAGCCGUUCGGUGACAGUCACCGUGGCGUACCUCAUGCAGAAGCUCAACCUGUCCAUGAACGACGCCUACGACAUUGUCAAGAUGAAGAAGUCCAACAUCUCGCCAAACUUCAACUUCAUGGGCCAACUCCUGGACUUUGAGCGCACCCUGGGCCUGAAGAGCCCCUGCGAUAACCGGGUUGCGGCCCCCACACAACCCCUGUACUUCACCACCCCCACCAACCACAACGUCUUCCAGCUGGACCCUCUGGAAUCCACGUGAGGCAGCGCCAUCGUCGCCCCCUACUGGCUUGGAGAUUUAAUGAAACCUGAAACGCUGCAAUGUUUCUCUACUUUAUUUCCGUCACCUGUUGUGACAUGAUGACAUCCUGCCGUUAUUGACACAGUUGGCUUGAGGUUACCAGCUGCCAAGAAUGGCUGCUGAAGGGGCACGUGGUCGGUCUGCCAAACGGCUCAGAAGCAGCUGCUGCAAAAACAGGGACAGAGAAAGAAUGAUAGAAAGAGAGAAGAUGGGGAAGAGAGAGAAAAAGAAAGCACAUUAACUUUCUAGAACCCUAUAUUAAUUUUGGACUGGACUAGGUUUUUGCCUCAAUUUGUUAUUUCUGUAAAUGCGUUGAAAGAGAAGUAAAGUGAUCUGGUGGUCAAUUGUACGUUUAAUUUCACGAUGAAAGGCUGGUGUGCCAAAGAGACAUGAUUGUUCUAUCUGAACAUACAUGUGUAUAUAUAUGACUAUAAAUACCUUUUUGUUUUUUGGGCUAGCACAUGCACCUUCAAUACUUUUGUUUCUGGUGCAUAUUACAUGUCUUCUGUGAAGAUUUGCCUGUUUAGGGUAAAACACCCCCGGUUAAGACGCCACAGUAUAUUGAACUCAAUUUUACAUGUGUGGAGUCAUUUGAAUCAUUUAUACAUGUGUAUAUUUCUUAAUAUAAAAGACAAUAAAGUCUAGCCUUGCUCUAGUAUACCCUUUGCAACAAGUGGGUGCUGAAGAUUUUUUGUUGUUUAUCUUCUACUUUAUUUAAGCAAACCAACUGUUUAUUGAUCAGUAUGUUUAAGUUUAUUAUGCCAACAAAAAAAUGUAGUGUGGUUUUCCAAGAAUCGUUAAUAAAUGUAUUUGUGUAAUAUAUUUCAUAUAUUUCCUUUAUAUAUGAAUUCAGCCCGACAGGCCAUUUUUGCAUCCACCCUCACACAAAUCAGAGUCACAUUGGUUGUAUGCCUUAGUUCUGGACAUAGAAUGGUUCUUGUGCAUUAACCCUCCAAGGACUUUGCCCGAACUAUGCUUUCACCACCUAUCACAAUUCUACCAAAUUGAGCCACAUCAAAAUGACUGUUAAAAAUAAUUUUAACCAAUCACUGAAACCGUCUGUCAGUGCAUGGCUAUGUUAAGAAACUUGAUUUGUUAUUCAGUUAUGGUAGAACUAGCUUUAUGGAAGCCAACUUAAGAUUGCUACGCUCUGUUGAUGUUUAGUGGGGAACAAUGGGGGUUAACAUGAGUUCAUUCUUAUCUGUGGUCAAGGCUUUUCAAAGUCUGGGAGAUGUUGACAAAGCAGUAGGCCUUGCUCACCUUGCCUCUGUGAAAUGUAGGUUUUUUUGUUGGUUGAGAAGAAAAUCCUGAUUAUGGGAGGAUUUUGUUGUCCCUCCCUUCUGAGAGAACACCUGUCUAUGGGGGAAGAAAGACAUUUUGGUUUCAACACCCACCACUCCUCGAGUCUACACUCCUCUCUUACGAAUGUAAAGAAAUGAUAAGUUAUUAAUAAAUUCAUAUUUUGUCUACUUCUA